AGAGCAACGCGCAAGGGGCUGUAGAGAAGAGAAUCGCAGCAACCCGGUAGACUUCUAUAUAAAAGUAACAAGUUUUCGUUUUUAACACGCAAAGUUUUUUCGUUUGACUUCUGGGUAGCUUUUAGUUGACAAAGGUUUAUUCCUUGUUUUAGAUUUAAGUAAACUUUUCGCGCGCUUGGUUCCUACUUUUGUAGAAGAAGACUUAACUUUUUUACUCGUGAUAGACGAUUUAUAAAAAGUCGGUUGAAUGUAUAGCAUGAUGGAAACCGAGCUGAAAAGUCCCCUGCCGCAGUCCAACGCGGGUUCGGGGCCGGGCGGGAAGAGCGGUGGCGGGAGCGACCAGGACCGGGUGAAGCGGCCGAUGAACGCGUUCAUGGUGUGGUCGCGCGGCCAGCGCAGGAAGAUGGCUCAGGAGAACCCCAAGAUGCACAACUCCGAGAUUAGCAAGCGCCUGGGUGCAGACUGGAAGCUGCUCACCGACGCUGAAAAGCGGCCGUUUAUCGACGAGGCAAAGCGCCUCCGUGCCAUGCACAUGAAGGAGCACCCGGAUUACAAAUACCGGCCGCGGCGCAAGACCAAGACCCUGCUGAAGAAAGACAAGUACUCACUACCCGGCGGGCUCCUGGCUCCUGGCGCGGGCGCAGUAAACAGCGCUGUGUCCAUGGGGCACCAGCGCAUGGACGGCUACGCACACGUGGCCAACGGUUGGACGAACGGCGCGUACUCGCUGGUUCAGGAACAGCUGGCCUACCCGCAGCACCACGGUAUGAGUAGCCCACCACCUCUACAACAAAUGCACCGCUACGACAUGACGGCGGGUCUACAGUACCCGAUGAUGUCCACAGCGCAGACGUACAUGAGCGCGGCGUCCACUUACAGCGGCGUCUCGUACGCGCAACAGAGCCCGGGCGCCGUGGGCCUCGGCUCAGUGGCCUCAGUGUGCAAGACAGAGCCGAGCUCACCACCACCUGCCAUCGCCUCCCACUCACAGCGCGCUUGCCUCGGAGACCUGAGGGACAUGAUCAGCAUGUACCUGCCACCCGGAGGAGACAGCGCCGAUCACAACACACUGCAGAGCAGCCGCUUACACAGCGUCCAUCCACACUACCAGAGCGCGGGCACCGGGGUGAACGGAACGCUACCCCUAACCCACAUUUAACAGACUCACGCGUGUUUUAGGGGUAGUACAUGGAGCCGAAAGAGUGAAGGAGACACUGUCCCUGAGAUGCAUCGAAAAGACUUGUGUUUUAGGGGUAGUAGAGUUGAGAUGCUGAAUGGAGCAUUACCCCUAACCCACUUUCAAAAUACAGACUCAUGAUUUUUGGGGGGGUUUGAGGAAAGGGGUGGGGGGUAAAAGGACUAAGUACUUCGGAUACUUGAACAUUUAUAAUUUGAAAAAGAAGAAAAAAAACACAGUUCAGUUUUUUAAAGAACGAAACUAUUUUAAUCUCAAUGAGUUUGAAAUCCGUUUAAAAGUUAAUGACAUAUCAUGAACUGGGUUCUGUAUGUUGCUCUCAGUUUAGACCUGCAUUGCAAAGAAGCUUUUUUAUUAUAAGCUAACGCAAUCAACGUGUGUGCAGGAAAAUCGGACUUCUGACUCGAAAUGCUGUCAGAUUUUCUCUCUAUGAAAAAUAAAUAAGCACAUGGCUUCACGAUGAGGCUGUUGUAAUUUCAGAAAGUAAAAAAAAAAAGAAACCUGGAGUAAGAGUAUGUUUGCUCAUUUGAAUGUUUACACUUAAUUUGUAGAAUGUCAGUUUUGUUGGCUGUGUCCAAACCUGUGUAGUUUUUAUUUCUGGGUUGUUUUUUUCCUGCAUUAGUUUUACACUGAAAUGAAAUAACUGUGCUGGUCGCGAGCGCAAAGUUUGUUUUAUUUUAUUUAUAGUACUUUUUAAGUUUGUGAACCAUAGCCUUUAUGUCUCGUUCACUUUUCGUUUCAGUUUGUGUGUGUGAAGCUUGUUUCCUGUGAUGUUUUUACAGUAUCUGUUUAACCCCAUUUUUGUGGGACAGAGAGUUUUAUUUAAACUGGCGUUUCUGCUUAUUUGAAGACCAUCCUUUAUUCUCAAAUGCUGAAUAAAUUUGUACAAAAGCAA